AUGUCGGAGCACAUCCAAAGACUACACACCAACGAUCUUGAGUUGGGUGCAACAGAGGCCAUUCAAAAACACUACGAGCGUCAUGUCGUCUCUACCAAGGCUGUUUCACAGCGCAAACUUGACUUCGAGCGAGCAAGACCAAGAUGGCUUCGCGAGAUGAUGGCCGAAGCGUACGUGAGAUCACUCACCAUCAACCAUACACAGCAUGCUAACUUUGAUGUCAAUUUAGCNACUGGUGUCUUCUUCUAUGUCUACCCUGGCAUCGCCGCAACAGCUGCGUUUACGCUUGGUGAUGAGAACGCAGCAAUCGGAAGUCUGCUUGGGGUCGGCCUGGCAUUCGGCUUUGGCAUUGCCUUUGCUAUUAUCACUUGUGGUUCGACAUCGGGAGGUCAUUUCAAUCCCGCCAUGACAAUAUGUUUCGCUACUUGGCAAGGUUUCCCAUGGAAGAAAGUCCCCUACUACAUCUUUUCUCAAAUAUUUGGUGCCUUCAUAGCCGGCCUGUUUGUCUACGGCCAAUACCACCAACAGAUUGCUGCGUACGCUGCGACAACCAUCGCUGCCGGUAAAGGAACAGUCUUUAACGGCGGCCCGGCCAGCAUCUUCUGCUCUUUCCCAGCACCGACUCAAAGUCUCGGCUAUCUGUUCUUCGUCGAGUUCUUUGUCGACUCGUAUAUCGGCAUCGUUCUAUGGGCUUGCCUCGACCCGGCCAACCCUUUCAUAUCUCCUCAAGUGGCUCCCUGGGCUAUCGGCCUUGUUUAUUCGACUAUGGUAUGGGGAUUCGCCGAUAUCACCAUCAGCACAAAUUUGGCUCGUGAUCUCGGCACCCGUAUCGUCGCUGCCAUCUUCUUUGGUCGAGAAGCCUUCUCCUACCACAGCUACUCAUGGAUUUCGAUUCUCGUCAAUGUCCCUGCUACACUGUUUGCAACUGCAUACUAUGAGAUGCUCAUGCGAGACAGUCUGCAGAAGAUUGGCAAGGGCGCUGCUUUCCACGAAGACGGUGAGGAAGGAUUGAAUUUGCAUCUGGUGAAGAGCAAUAUCAGUAGGCAGAGCCCCAUGAGCCCAAGUAUGCAGAAGGUGUUUAGUCUGGGGUCUAAUGGGUCGACAUUGCACUCGGGCCCUAAGAUGGAGACUGGCUUUUCGCUUGCAGCAGAGACUGGCAACAACUGA